CGGGGCUGAGGGAGGGACGGGGGUCCCAGCUUCGCACAGCCCCUCUGGGUGUCCCCAGCCACUCCUGCUGUGUGGGGGUGCCCGCCCACCGCGGGGGUUUCGCUCACAGCCCGGCAGAUGCUCCUGGUGGUGUCCCGUUUGUGUAUGGGUGGGCGUGCGGACAGCGAGGGGAAAAUUCUUGGUGGUUUUGGUUAAAUGAAGACAGGGUGGGUUGGAGGGAGAGUUUCCCCCAGGAGGUGGUCUGGGAAGGAGGGAUGUCCCUUUCCUUGUGCUGUCCGGGAGCUCAUCGUGAGGGACCUUGAGGGGUCCUGAGAACUUGGGGUCCUCUGAGGUGACCUGAGAGUCUGGGAUGCUCUGAGAUGUCCUGAGAGGUAGGAAUGCUCUGUGAGGUGACCUGAGAGUUUGGGAUGCUCCAAGAGGUGAUCUGAAAGUUUGGGAUGCUCUGAGAUGUCCUGGGAAUGCUCCACGAGGUGACCUGAGGGAUCGGGGAUGCUCCAAGGGGCGACCUGAGUGUUUGGGGGUGCUCUGAGGUGUCCUGAGAGCUGGGAAUGAUCCAACAGGUGACUUUGGGAUGCUCCACGAGGUGAUCUGAGAGUUUGGGGUGCUCUGAGUGACCCCAGAGCUCGGGACGCUCCUGUGCUGCCUCCCAGCCCCGCUGUGCUCCCAGAGGACACAAAGCCACGUGUGGGAGCCGGCAGGAGCACAGGAAUACAGAAAAUACAGGAAUUUUAUAGGAGUACAGGAAGACAGAAAAUACAGCCCUGAGCUUUCCUGCGGGGCCUCUCCCCGCUGUGCAGAUGUGUGGGGAAGCGGCACAGUGCAGGGAAGAGGAGCUCGACUGGGUGAGUCCCACGGCUGGGGAAUUCACCUGGAACAAACAUCCCUGGAGAGGCAAGGAGCCUGCAGUGGAGAGUUCUGUGGCUGACCAAGCCAUGGGCAGUGGGCAGAUUGCUGCGGGCAAAAGCUCAGCUCGGAAGGUGGGGUCGGGUCUGGUUGCACUCAUGACAGUCACUCAUCAUCCUAGCAGAGGCUGAAGUUGCUUUUCCUCCUGUUUUCUGCACUCCCAGCAUCAGGAGGACAUGGGUCAGCUGCCCAGCACCUGUGGUCAGUGACAAAACCUUUAGUGCUCAGGAAGCUUUAUCACCUCCUCUCCUAAAAACUGAGUUUAUUUAAGAGGGACAAGUCUGAGUUGCUCAGCUUUUGUUUCCUCACUUAGUGACUCUUUAAAGGAACAAAAAGGCCCAGGUUUCGGUUUUGAUGGUGAUGUGGCAAUCGCCUGGAGCUGCUCUGGAGCGGAGCAGAGCGGAUGUGGUGCCUUUACCGGUUAAAAGAAAUCCGCCACAGGAAGCCGAGUGGGGCCGUGCUGGAAAAUGUCAAGUGGCUGAUAACGUGCUCGGGACAGUGCUGUGUGAGUCAGACGCCAGGAUGGCACUUGCAGAACCAGUCUCCGUGGCUCAUUGCAAUUCAGCUCUUCAAGGGAGCUGUGAGGUGGCAGGGGAAGAUGUGCUGCUCAACUCUUCACCCAGAGCUGCUGAGCCACACAACAGCGAGCCAGGGGAAGAUUCCAAGAUCGAGGGAUAUCAGGUGAACUCACUCGGUCCCAAAGCAGUCUCCUCCUCUCCUGGCUCCAGUAUGUGGACAACACGUCGUGAUGGAGAGGUCAGGCUGAGGAUGGAGGAGCAGGGCCCUGGCAGCGAGGCCCCAAAGACUGUGCACCAGCUCUUGGAGGAAAGUGUCAACAAGUACAGUGACUACUAUGCCCUAGCAUCCAAAAAAAAUGGCAAGUGGAUAAAGCUGACGUAUAAGAUGUACUAUGAUGAGUGCUGGAAAGCAGCCAAAAGCUUUCUGAAGCUGGGGCUGGAGCGUUUCCAUGGAGUGGGCAUCCUGGGAUUCAAUUCUGCUGAGUGGUUCAUUGCUGACAUUGGAGCCAUCCUUGCAGGGGGAUUUGCUGUUGGGAUCUACACUACAAACUCUCCUGACGCCUGUCAUUAUGUAGCAGAGAACUGCAGUGCCAACAUUAUAGUGGUGGAAAACCAGAAACAGCUGCAGAAAAUCUUAGAAAUUGAACACAGACUACCUCAUCUGAAGGCCAUUGUCCAGUAUGGGGAGGAGAUCAGAGAGCAGAGACCAAAACUGUACUCGUGGAGGCAGUUCCUGGAGCUGGGCAAGGACGUGCCGGACGAGCGGCUGCGCGAGAUCAUCGCGUCCCAGAAACCCAACCAGUGCUGCACCCUCAUCUACACCUCGGGCACCACGGGGCAGCCCAAGGGUGUCAUGCUCAGCCACGACAAUCUGACGUGGACGGCGGCGGUGGCUGGGCGCUUCAUCAUGCUGAGGGAUGCCCGGGACAGGCAGGAGGAGGUGGUCAGCUACCUGCCCCUCAGCCACAUUGCUGCACAAAUGUGUGAUAUUUGGGCAGCCAUGACCCUCGGAGUGCAAGUUUACUUUGCCCAACCAGAUGCAUUGAAGGGCAGCUUGGUGGAGACCCUGCGAGAAGUGAGGCCAACUGCUUUUCUGGGAGUUCCUCGUGUCUGGGAAAAAAUGGAAGAGAAAAUGAAAUCUGUGGGCAUGAAAGCCUCAGCGCUCCGAAGGAAAGUGGCAGCGUGGGCCAAGGGAGUGGGGCUGCAGACCAACCUCAAGAAGAUGGAUGGGUGCUCGGAGGAGCCGGUGAAUUUCCGCCUGGCCCGGCAGUUGGUGUACAGGAAAGUGCGCAAGGCCAUCGGGCUGGACCGCUGCACCAAGUGCUACACAGGGGCUGCUCCCAUCACCAGAGACACCCUGGAAUUCUUUCUGAGCCUGAACAUUCCUGUGCUGGAGCUCUAUGGGAUGAGUGAGAGCUCUGGGCCUCACACCAUCUCCCUACCUCACGCCUUCAGGCUCGGCAGCUGUGGGAAGGAGCUGACAGGGUGCUACACCCUGAUCCAUAAACCAGACAAGGAUGGCAUUGGGGAGAUCUGCUUCUCAGGAAGGCAUGUCUUCAUGGGCUACCUGAACAUGGAGGACAAAACCAAAGAAGCCAUUGAUCAGGAUGGCUGGCUGCACUCAGGGGACCUGGGCAAGCACGACAAGGAUGGAUUCCUCUUCAUCACAGGCAGAAUUAAAGAGCUCAUCAUCACAGCAGGAGGUGAGAACAUUCCUCCUGUUCCAAUCGAGGAUGCUGUCAAGAAUGCUGUUCCCAUCAUCAGCAAUGCCAUGUUGGUUGGAGACAAAGCCAAAUUCCUUUCUAUGCUCCUGACACUAAAGUGCGUUGUGGAUGCAGAAACAGGAGAGCCUGGAGAUGACCUCACUCCAGAGGCUCUGGAAUUCUGUCAGAGGCUGGGCAGCAAGGCCACCAAGGUCUCAGAAAUCAUCAGCAGCAAAGACAAGGCCAUCUACACUGCCAUCCAGAAAGGGAUCUCUGCUGUCAAUGAGGGAGCUGUGUCCAAUGCCCAGAAAGUCCAGAAGUGGGUCCUGCUGGAGAAGGACUUCUCCCUCUUUGGUGGAGAGCUUGGCCCCACCAUGAAGCUGAAGAGGCCGGUGGUGGCUCAGAAAUACCGGGCCCAAAUCGCUCAGUUUUACACGGACACCGCAACCCCCUCGGGGGAGCCGUCGAGCCGCCCAUAGAGCCUGCACUGGAACCACCCCCGAGGCCACUCCCAGCUGCCCAGGAGGGAUUCCCUGGAUCCUGUUGAAAUAAAGAAGCUCAGCCUUCAGGCAGCCCCUCGGCGUGGCUUUGCUGUCCAUGUCCUGCAGUGUGGUGAGCGUGGUCCUGCCCAUGUUCUCCUGUGUCUUGUGUCCCUUGCUGAGAUAUCCCAAAUAUCUCAACUUUGUAUUUUUUUAUUUCCAUUUUUAUAAGGGCAAUAUGAUGUUUACCUUAAAUCCACGUGACCUGUUACGUUCUAACCAAAGUUUUCAUUUCCUGAGAUGAAUGUAAAACAGGAGCUGCAAAUCAGGAGAAAGGCAGAUUUCAUUUUCCAGCAGCGCCCUCACUCCCUGCUGCACAUUUCCCUGCAUGCUGAUGGCAUCCAUAUAAUUUUAAAUCUCCUUCCCCACAAACUAUUCCUGUCUGAGAUGACAAAUGCUGUGACUACACACAGCGGUGGAGGUGGAACCUCACAUGAACUGGGCUUGUCUGUGCAAUAUUUUGAGUUUGUUUUACCUUUUUGAGUUAUAAUGAAGCCAUAAAUUGUAUUGUUGAAGUUGUAUCCAUGGCUGGUAUUCUCAGAAGUGAUUUACUCCAGGGAUUAUUUAUAAGGCUGUGUACAAUGUGUGAAAUCUGUGUUUUACAAUCCAGGAAUGUUGUAGUGUCUGCAGUGGGGAGCUCCAGAGUGGAGGCUGGCUGGGCUGAGGCUCUGCAGCCGUGCUUGGGGAGAGGAGAUGGUGCUGGGAGCCCAGGCUGGUUCUCCUGAGGGUCUGUGAUCCAGCCCAGAGCUGUGAAGGUGCUCCAUGGAGGACAGACUGGCCCAGCUGCAGCCAGGGGCUCUCUGCAGGGCUUGUUCCAGGCUGUGCAGUGGCUCAGUGCUGGGCUCACAGCACACCAGGAACCCGUACCUGAGCAGGGCAGAGCAGCCCAGCUCUGACUCCCAGUUCCAUUUCCCAUGGACAGGAGGAGCACUGGGAGGAGGUGGGGGCAGUGCUGGUGUCACAGCAGGGUGGGCUCAGGGCGGGUUAAACCCAGAACUGGCUCUGCUUUGGGUCAGAGGAAUUGCAGUGCUGUGGAAGGGUGGGAAUGCACUACUUGAAUGGCAGCUGCCCCUGUGCCAGUGUGCUGAGCUGGCUGGAAUUGCUGUGCCCAGGUGUAAUAAACUCCUCUGGUUGUGUCUCUGAA